GGUGAACCAGCACUUGACAACAACAUAUACCACUGCGCUGAUGGGCAAACCAUUUUAUCGAUUUAAAAAAGGGUACUUGAUAAAGGAGGACAUCUUCAAUAAUAAUUAUAUGAUCUAGUUGAAUAUAUGUAUAUGUUACUGUUUCACUUUUUUGCUCUAUAUUUGACUAAUAUUUCUAUUGUAUCAAUUUGUCUAUUGAUUGACAUUGAUAGAAAUCUAUUGACUGUUUCUUGGGUAGUUUGUUCAAAUGAAUGAAACUCCAACCAUAAAAUGUAUAUUUUAUGAUGCCGUUCAAUGAUAUAUCAUAUGCCAAAUGAUUUGCCCAUUUUAGAACGAAUAAUCUAUUCUGCUACUACUAUUAUGUAUUUCAAUGAUAUGAUGUUUUAAUGUAUUUAUUAGUUAUAUACCGGUAUAUAAAAAUAAAAAGUGAUGGAUAGUGAACAAGAAAAUACAGAAGACCAGUCCAUUGCAAAAUGUGCAGAAGAUUAUGCAGCAUAUAUGGAUAUAGAAUCCAACCCAUCUUGUAAGAACAAGGAAAUCGAUGUUGAAGCUAGCAUAGAAUCUGUGCUUUCAAGUUUGGACAAAUUUUAUGGAAUGCUGGACAUGAUACGAACAGAUUCAACAAAAAUGACAGAUGAAGUUUUGCAAAAUUUUCGAGCUGAACGAGAAAAGAUGAGACUCAUCUACAAAAAAAUUGAUGACUUGGAGAAAUUCAUUGAAGUUAUCAAAUCAGAUUGUGAUUCUGUUGAAAAAAGUUUGAAAGAAUCUGAAGCUGAGUUUGGGACUAUGGGUUCUAUCAAGAAAGCCCUUGGGGGAAUUAGGUUUAAUUUUUGGGAGAAAAAAGAAGUGGUGCCUCCUGUUGUACCAAAUAAAGCGCCAUACACCUCACCUAAUAUUUACAAAACUUCUGAUUAUAUUUCUUCUGGAAGCAAUAAAUCUGGAUUAGCCGACGAGGCUAUGUCAAUUCCUGACUGAUUUAAAGGACACACUCACUGGAUGCAUGGGCUUGGAGGAAACCAUAACCGACCAGUGGUUACGUGAACCACCUCACAACAGCAGGUAGUCUAGCAAUCUUCUCUCAUGUAAUUAAACCCCAAACCGAUCCGAAUCUGCGGAGUCGCGGUAAGCUAUCCAC